AUGGUCGCUCGAGGAAAAUCAAGGUUGGCAGGCCUGGGCCUUUCCCUGCUGGGAGUGUGUCUGGGCACAUAUUUCGGCGUGGCCUUCGUUUGCGGCAAUGGCCGUCGGCCUAAUGCGCCUGCGACGCCACGGUCCCAGGUGGCCAUGAAGGUCGGCCCGGUGCCUAUCCAGCUGCCGUUCAUGAGUGAGCCCAUUGAUGGCUGGACCUUCGCGGUAUCCAUGAUGGGUCUCUUCUUGGCAGUCGCUGCUUUUGGCGCCUUCCAGGUUUGGAGGCUUAUGUUCAGUGACGAGCUGGGAAGCUACGAGGAGAUCAAAUGGGGAGGUGCACGGCCGCCCAAAGAGUAUGUGGAGGAGAUGAAGAGGAUCGAGGUAUCUGGACCUCAAGAGCGUGUCAACCGAGUGAGAGCCGUUCUUUUCGUUCUUGGCAUGAGCAUGUCGCUCAUGCCGCAACAUGUUCUGCGCUUGAAUCGAAGAUGUACAGAUGUGGAGUCGACGGUCAUGCUUCGGCCUAGCCGUGUGGAGGAUAGCAGCCCGGCGAGCACUUUGAGCAGAGAGAGAUCUCGGGUGCUUGACUCUCGAAGAUGGCAUAUGCUCUGCAUUUACAUGGCCCUGGGCAUCUUGAAUCAGACCCUGUGGCUUACCUUUGCUGCCAUUCCAGAUGCAACAGCCAGAAGAUAUGACAUUCCGGAACAGUACGUCGCGUCGUUAGCGGUGCUUUGCAAUGCCGUGUAUGUACCUGGCUCAUGGAUCUGUACGGCAAUCCUACGAAGCUCUGGACUUGCCAGAGUUAUCAAAUUCGCCUGCUGGCUACAGCUGCUGGGUAGCCUCAUACGCUUUUUAGCAGACGCAGCAUUUCGGCGCUGGUCAGGUCCCUUCGCCUUCCUGUUUCUCUUCAUCGGCCAAGGUGUUGCAGCACUGGCAUCCCCGCUCAUCAUGAACACACCCGCAGUUUUUGCGAACGCCUGGUUUGGCCGGCGUGAGCGCGAAGGGGUGCUGGCAGUGGGUGCAUUGCUUGGAUCCGCCAUUGCUGGCUUCGUUGUCACUGGCUAUGAAGCGGAGGGCACGGAGCAGCUCUUAGCAGGCCAAGCCUCAUUGAGCGCUCUGAUGGCUCUAUGGACCAUUGGGCAGUUCGUCGAUGCUCCGGGGGAGAGCUCGCAGGAAAUCCGCAGCGAGACUUUCAAGGAAGGUUGGAAGUUAAUGCGCCGGCUCAAUUUCUGUUUGAUUCUAAUUAUCUUCAACUGUGGCAUGGCCUUGGCAGCUGCGACGCUGACCUUGUUUGGAAAGAUUGCAAGCAACUGUGGCUACACCUCCACAGAAGCUGGCAUUGCAAGUGGCAUGUUCAUGGUUGGGGGAGUCGUUGGCUCACUCGCGACAGGUUCGCUGCUGGGAGCAACUCGAGCUUACCGCACAAUCCUCCGAUGUUCGAUUAUUUCCGCAGUCAUGUUCGGACUAGUGUUUCUUGUGAUGCUUCGUCCCGGCAACUUGCGUGGGCUCUUGAUCACCACAACCUUCUUCGGCACUUUCAUGAUGAGCGCUUUGCCGGCUUUGUUGUCAAACGCGGUGGAAGAGACGUACCCAACUCCUGCUGACAUCACCACAGCGCUGCUUUUCAAUUCUGCCAUAUUACUCCAGGUGUUCUUUAUCCCAUUAUCUCAAAGCGUCCUGACCAGUCAGGGAGAUACCUGUGCCUCGUGGGGCUCUGCUUACAGCGUCUUUGAGAUCUCCGUUGCUGGUGUCGGCUGCUUACUGCCAGCCCUACUGUACCACGGCAGGAACAACCGACUGCUAGCUGAGCUAGAAGAGGAGCAGAUGAACGAAGGAAGCUGA